AUGGUGCAUACUAGUUAUAAUACACAAGCCGCAAAAGCCGAAAGAAGUAAGGUUAUUAAAGCUGAAAAGAACGAAAAAGUCGACAAAAGUGAAAAAGUCGACAAAGGCAUAAAAUUAGAACCAAAAUCUGAAAUUAAAACGAGAAAAAUGGCAACACCGCGCUCAAGAGGUCGUGGUAAACGUUCAACUAAUACACCUACUCGGUCAUCACCUCGGAUCGUACGGCGAUCAGCUUCUUAUCCAAACGCUGUUAAUCGACACUUCGUUGAUAGUGUUCCCAUCUUGGAAAUCACACUCAGAUUCGAUGAGGACGAGUAUGAUGUCUGGCGAAGGCAGGACACCGAUGAAGUAAAUCUUUAUUAUUUGUUACGUAUUAAAUAUCCUCGGGAUGAGGACGAGGAGACAUGGCUUCAAGAGCUUGAAAAGCUGAAGCGUGAAAUAAAAGAAAUUCGAGUUAUUGAUGAAGGGUGGUUCGAAGGUGUUUG